ACAUAUGUCUAACUGAACGAACGGACGCUAUGACUUGAGUUUCCUUCUAGCCCAUCGACCUGUUUCGCUUACCCCCGUUUGAAGCGCUCUUUCAUCUGCAAUCAGAUCCUUGGCACUUUUGCCAAACUCCCACAACCUAGCAUGUGUUAUCACCAACCUCAUCUCGCAUGUGUAUAUUAUCUCCAUGUAUUCCUCGCGGCAAUCAAUGCCACAUCCUUGUCGCAUCUCAAGGUUGGACCAAAAUUUUAUGUGUUCUCCCCGGAAGGAAGCGGACGUUCACCCCGUUCUUUUCACUUUCCUCUUCUUCAUCUGCUGUCCUUUUAUAUUAUGUCACCAGCAAGCCGGUGUGAUUGCAAUUCCGCUGAUUGGGCUAAACCCUUUGGUCGCUCCAAGAGCUUGGACUUGGCGUUCUCUACCGUGUCUCUCUGCAAGGGUCCAUUGGCUUCUGAUUUUCGUGUAUCCAUACAUACUAGAACAGGCCCUUCGAGUCUUGCCUGUUCCUUUUGUGGCUAAGGCGACGCAGCAUUGCGAGUUGCCGGGUUUGGCCGGUUGCUUUCAUUCUAUGUACAUGUAUGUUUAACCACCGGGAAAAAUCCGCCUGAUUUUUAUGAAUUGGUGGGCCAGCUAGGGUAUAAAGAUAAUGAGCAACGACCGUUAGUAUGUUUAAUUAUCGCUUUAGCUCUACUUCAAG